AUGGCGGAGGACCGGAGAGGCGAGGAGACGGAUGCGGUCGAGAAGAAGGUGAAGCACAAGGGAGGUUUCAGGACCAUGCCCUUCAUCCUAGCGAACAACUUCUGUGACCGGAUCGCCAAUGUCGGGUUCAGCUCGAACCUGAUCUCGUACCUCACCCUCCAGCUGCACCUGCCGCUCGUCGAGGCCUCCAACAUCAUCACCAAUUUCAACGGCACCGCCAACCUCACUCCGCUCAUCGGCGGACUCAUCGCCGACUCCUUCGCCGGCCGCUUCUGGACCAUCACCUUUGGCUCCGUCGCCUACCAGAUCGGCAUGGUCUGCCUCACCCCCUCCGCCGCGCUCCCGUCGCUGCACCCGCCGCCCUGCGCCAAGCACGCCGCGGACUGCCAGCGCGUGUCGUCCUCCCAGAUCGCCGUGCUCUACCUGUCGCUGCUCUGCACGACCAUCGACACCGGGGGCACGCGCCCCUGCAUCAUGGCGUUCGGCGCCGAACAGCUCGAGCUGGAUGCGCACAGCAGGCCCAGGGGCGCCAAGCCCAGGUGGAGCUUCUUUAACGUCUACUUCUUCGGCCUCGAGCUGGCGAAGCUCACGGCUGCCACAGCCGUCAUGUACGUCCAGGAGAAUGUCGGGUGGGGAUGGGGGCUCGGCAUCCUGAGGAAUCACGAGAUCGUAUUUCUUCUCUGA